AUGGGUCUAGUCAAAAUAAUGUGUUCGUCUUUGCCUCAACUCCAUCACUUUAACUUUGCCUGGGAACAUCGCUUCUUGGCAACCACGAAACCAGAGGACUCUUGCCGACCGGCUGGCCGACUAACCAAAAUUCAUAGUCACUUUGUCCUUGCGAACCGGCUUUUUAUGAUUUUCGAUGGUCCUGAUGUGACAUCUCCGUUAAUAUUACAAUAUUGUUACGACUAUGAGGACAUAGACAUCGUAUCAUCUUCGAACUCUAUCACCGUCGUCUUCCAAUCAGACAACUCCAUGGGAUUUCGUGGAUUCUACAUAGACUACACAGGUGUUUGUAGCGGGAUGAAUAUAUCAGCCAAUACCAGCGGAAUAAUUGAAAGUCCUAAUUAUCCAAAUCCGUAUCCUCUCAACGUGUCUUGUGAUUGGCUACUCGAAACAACGUACGGAAACAAGAUCGACAUCCGCGUACUCUGGCUCGAUUUUCCAAUAUCCCCCAACUGUCAAACGGAUUUCCUGUCGGCCAAAGAUGGUUAUAGUGGUACCAGUGACGUCAUAGCCCAGUUGUGUGGCAAUCAAUCAGAUUCAUUCAGUUCCACUGAUAAGUGGAUGCGACUAGGAUUCAAUUCCGACGACGUCAUCGACAACAAGAACUAUACCGGAUUUCUUUUGGAAUAUUCAAAUUCAGAAAUAACACCCUGUGAGUACGAACCGUGUGAGAAUAAUGCCACAUGUACUAACUUAUUCAUGGACUAUAUAUGUACAUGUCGACCGGGAUUUACUGGAAGACAAUGUGAAAGCAAUAUUGAUGAGUGUGAUCCGUUGCCAUGCUAUAACAAUGUCACGUGUGUUGAUGGCGUUAAUAUGUAUACGUGUCUGUGUCCAUCUGGAUUUGAGGGCAUUAACUGUGAAAUAGAUAUCCCAGAAUGCUUGCUAGAACCGGACCAACCACCUUGCCAUAAUGGAGGCACAUGUCUCGAUGAAAUCAAUAAAUAUUCUUGUAUUUGCACAGAAGAAUUCAAAGGACCACGAUGUAAAACACCCGCCAAUAUACCGAUGUGUGAGGCCGGAUAUGACAUCAUCGAAGGAAGUGGGAUUUUUUGGAAUCGUACAGAUGGAGAUACGAUAGACGAACAGCCAUGCCCGCCAGGAAUAUUAGGCCGUGCUACCAGGUUAUGUGUCCUCGUUAAUUGGGAGCCCCCUGUUGCAGAAUGGGAUAACCCACAAUUAACAUAUUGCGUGAGUCCUGAAUUCGGCAUGCUUAAAGAAAAGGUAAAUAAUCUGAUAGAGUCCAAUGCAACAGCUGCCGAUGUACUUGAUGUCACUGAAACACUUCGUAAUAUAACGUUUGUGGACGUAGAUGAUGGACACAAGAAACAGCUAUAUCCUGGAGAUCUUCUCAUAUCUGUCAACACCUUGGAUGUAAUUGCUUACGUUGCCAUGGACACGGAAAACAUUGAUACAAUUUCGGUUUCCGAGGCGUUUGGUGACAGUGUUAGUAACUGUAUUGACCCAAGUGUGUACAGCGUGUGGAAGAAUGCAAACGACGAGGACAUCGUAGCAUCUGGUGCUACUUCCAUGGUGGCUAGUACGGAGCUUUUAGCACGUGGUAUAGCACAGAAUCAAACACAGCUAAUGAAACGACGAAGACGACGAAAUACAGAAGAAACAAUUCAAGAAAAAAUUGAAAUUACGUCAUCAAACUUAGUGUUCGUGGUUGUUGUCAUGGAAACGCCGGGUUCCCUAGAAAAGUGGGAUCCUUCGAAUGAAAUUGUAAGUCGUGGUAGCUUGAAUGACAGCAGUGAAAUUAUUAUUCCUUUACCAGCAUCCAGUCUUCAACUUAUAAUGAAAAGGGAUGGUUUUGUUAGUAUAUUUGCUGCCAAAUUUGCAACUAUCGGUGAACUAUAUUCUCUCUAUAACGACACCAUGAACGACACAGAAGACCUGCCAGUUGAUAGUCGAGGGAUUCAAAAACUUAAUUACGUUAAUUCUGACGUUGUUUCUGGUGCUGUUCUCGGAGAAGACUCUGGUAGUACGAGCUUGGUUGACCCAGUCAUCAUUAUAUUUGAACACAAAGAGGUUACCGGGACAAAAAAUCCACGAUGUGUGUUCAUGAAUAUGAAUGCAAGCACGCUGUCCGAGCAAUGGAGUAGUGAGGGUUGCGUAAUUCAAAGUACUAAUCUCACUCACACAGUCUGUAACUGUUACCAUUUAACGAACUUUGCUCUUAUAAUGGACAUUCAUAAUCUCAAGGAAGCUAUACCACCUGUACACGAUGAUAUACUGUCAAUAAUCUCUUACAUUGGUGGCACAUUGUCUGUACUUGGCUGUGUUUUCUCUGUAUGCAUAUACGAAUAUUUCAGAAUAUGGAAUGACAGAAUAAGAGUUCACGAAAACCUGGCAAUUGCAAUUAUGACAACCCAACUUAUAUUUUUAGUUGGAAUAGAUCGUACUGAACAUUUUUAUGUGUGUAAGACCGUUGCCGCUUUGCUCCACUACUUCCUGACGGCGCUGUUCAUGUGGAUGUUGAUAGAAGGCAUUAAUCUGUAUGUGGCAUUAGUCAAAGUUUUCGGUCGAGGGAGUAAUAUUAAGAAGUAUUUAGCUCUAGGAUGGGGGUCCCCGUUGAUUGUGGUCGGUGUAUCCUUUGGUAUUUUUUAUCGCGACUAUGGGUUUGGUGAUACGUGUUGGUUGCCAACAGAAAUUGUUCUUAUCGCUUUCGCACCGACAGUGGCGCUUGUCAUAUUCUUUAAUUUUUUUAUUUUGGUUGUUGUUAUUCGAGUAAUGCUGAACACAGUAACUGCCAAAGAAAAGCGACAACAGGAUGAACUUGCCCCUAUCAAGUAA